CCAUUGGUGAAGCUGCCUAGAAUACACAUUUACUCAUUUUCACCCUUGACCUGACUAAAGUCUUUCUUUUACUGUGCAAUUUGGGUUUGCUUUAUUUAUUUUCUGUAUAUCUUCAACAGCAUAACCAGCCAAUAAUUUCUUGAUUUUUCUCCUUAGGAGUUCAGAAAAAUAUGGAAGGUUCUUUUGGGCUUUUGUUAGUACUGAUAACUAUGGCCAUCAUUCAUAUUGUUAAAGCUCAAGCUCAAGACCAAGCAGGGUUCAUCAGUUUGGAUUGCGGGCUACCCGCAGAUCAUAAGUCUCCUUAUCAUGUGACUGGUACUGAACUGUGGUUCUCUUCGGACAAAGACUUCAUACAGAGCGGAAAAAUUGGUCGAGUCCGAGAAACUUCUAUUCCUUCCGUGGAGACAUACUUGACGCUGAGAUAUUUCCCAGAGGGAAUACGGAACUGCUACAAUCUGCCUGUGGAUGAGGGGCGUAAAUAUUUGAUCAGGGCCUACUUUCUCUAUGGUAAUUAUGAUGGUCAGUACAGUCACCCGGUGUUUGAUCUUUAUCUUGGACCUAAUCUAUGGACCAAGAUAGAUUUGCAAAAGAGGGUGAAUGGUACACAAGUAGAGAUCUUACACACCCCAACAUCAAAAGCGUUGCAGAUAUGUCUUGUUAAGACUGGGAAGACUACACCGAUAAUAACAGCUUUGGAUUUACGGCCACUGAGAAAUAAUACUUAUAUAACUCAGAAUGGUUCCCUGAGUUUCCUCUAUCGGAGAUAUAAUAAAGAGUCGGGACCUCAUCUACGGUACAUGAAAGAUGUCUAUGAUCGCACAUGGGAUGGGUUCUUCAGUAAGGAAUGGACACAGAUUUCCACUAAUCUCACAGUGAAAAAUAACAAUAUUUAUGUUCCGCCGCAAGAUGCGCUGAAAAAUGCUGCCACGCCUACUAAUACCAGUGCGCCACUGACAGUUUAUUGGAAUUCACCAAAUUUUACUGCCGAAUAUUACUUGUACGUACACCUUGCUGAGAUCCAAGACUUGCAGGCAAAUGAAAUUAGAGAAUUCAACAUCCUAUUCAACGGAGAACUUUUCGCUGGCCCCAUCAUUCCUGUCAAGCGUAGCCUAUUUACUAUCAAUAAUGUGAUCCCGCAAACUUGCCAAGGAGGGAGAUGCAGUUUGCAGCUAACAAGAACCAAGAACUCAACUCUUCCACCUUUACUUAAUGCUUUUGAAAUCUACGAAGUUAUUCAAUUUCCACAGCUGGAAACAGAUGAAAGCGACGUGGAUACGAUAAAAGACAUUGCAGCCACCUAUGCAUUGAGUAUAAUAAACUGGCAAGGUGAUCCAUGCGUCCCUCAACAACUUAAGUGGGACGGAUUAAACUGCAUCACCAAGGAUAUGUCUACACCACCAAGAAUCACUUCUUUAAACUUGUCUUCAAGUGGUUUAAAUGGAACCAUAGCAGCUGCCAUUCAAAAUCUUACACAACUAGAAAAACUGGACUUGUCGAAUAAUAACUUUACUGGAGAAGUGCCGGAGUUUCUAGGCAACAUGAAAUCCUUGUCGUUCAUAAACUUAAGCGGGAACAAUCUUACUGGUUCGAUUCCUCAAGCUCUUCAGAAGCAAGGACUAGAGCUAUCUGUUGAAGGAAACCCAAGGCUUUGUCUUUCUGAUUCAUGUAGAAAACCAACUAAGAAGAAAUUUCCUGUGGCAAUUGUUGCAUCAGUUCUUGUGGCAAUUCUUGCAUCAAUUGUCAUUGUGGUUCUUUUUCUUGUACUCAGAAAGAAAAAGUCAACAAUUGUGAAAGAUCUACACCUGCAACCCAGGACGUCAAGUGGGGAAGGUUCAUUUGCUAAUAAGAACAAGAGAAGGUUCACAUAUUCAGAGGUCCUUCAAAUGACAAAUAACUUGCAAAGAGUUCUUGGUAAAGGAGGGUUCGGCAUGGUGUACCACGGUACUUUAAAUGGUUCUGAACAAGUGGCGGUUAAAGUACUCUCUAAAUUAUCAACUCAAGGCUAUAAGGAGUUCAAAGCUGAGGUUGAACUUCUUCUGAGAGUGCACCAUACGAAUUUGGUGAGCCUCGUUGGGUAUUGCUAUGACGGAGAUAGUUUGGCCCUCAUAUAUGAGUUUCUGCCUAAUGGAGACUUAAAACAACAUUUGUCAGUAAAAGGAAGUAGAUCCAUUAUCAACUGGACUGUUCGACUACAAAUAGCUUUGGAGGCAGCACGAGGAUUGGAGUAUCUGCAUAUUGGAUGCAAACCGCCGAUGGUUCAUAGAGAUGUCAAAACUGCCAACAUAUUGCUAGACGAGAAUUUUAAGGCCAAAAUUGCUGAUUUUGGACUCUCAAGAUCUUUCCAAGGUGGAGGAGGUGAAUCUCAAGAUGCAACCACAGUUGCUGGUACUUUUGGAUACCUUGAUCCCGAAUACUACCGUACAAAUAGGUUGUCUGAGAAGAGUGAUGUCUACAGUUUCGGGAUCGUGUUAUUGGAGAUGAUCACAAAUCAACCUGUGAUUAAUCAAACCACUGAAAAUCCUCACAUAACACAAUGGGUUGGCUUUAUGGUUAACCGAGGUGAUAUUAUUGAGAUUAUGGAUCCAGAACUUAGCAAGGAUUAUGACAUCAAUUCUGCUUGGAGAGCUCUUGAGCUGGCAAUGUCAUGCGCGAAUUCUUCUUCUUCAAAACGACCAUCCAUGUCUAAGGUAAUUCAAGAGCUAAAAGAGUGUAUUGCGUGUGAAAAAAAUCGAGGCUUGGAAUCAGAAGACAUGAACAUUGCCUUGGACACUUCCGUGGUUCCCAAGGCAAGAUAGUUUUGAGUGUAUGUCUAAUCAUGGUACAUUGGUACUAAUAUUAGUACUGUUGGUACGAAGAUAUUAAGUAAUCAGUAAUUAGUUACAAUUUAAGCAAACUUUGUAAACCAGUCUUUAUUCUUUGUAAUAUGUGUCUCACUCUUUUGAGUUUUGAGAAAUAUUGUCAGGCCGUUAAGAUUUAUGAAUUGAUGAUUGAUUAAACUC